AUGGCUCGUUGGCUGCUUCAGAUCCUUAUUAUCUCUUCUCUUCAUCUCAUCUCUCUAUCAAGUCAAAAAGAGACAAGGUUUGUCUUUGAAGACUUUCUUGACCAAGAAGAUCUUUAUCUAGAUGCUUCUGCAAAAGUACAUCCCAAUGGAAUAUUGCAGCUGACAAACACUUCAAAGUAUCAAAUCGGUCAUGCUUUCUACGAUAAACCACUUGAGCUCGGUUCCUCUUUCUCGACGCAUUUCGUGUGUGUUCUGGUGAAAAAGCAAAACAUCGAAGGCGGCCAUGGUAUUGCCUUCAUAGUAUCUCCUUCUAUGGAUUUCUCCCACGCACAGCCAACAAGAUACUUGGGGGCUUUCGACGCUUCCACACUUGAAUCUCCCUCUUCUCACGUUCUUGCUGUCGAGCUCGACACUAUCUGGAACCCUGAGUAUAACGACAUCAAAGGUAAAAAUCACGUGGGGAUCGAUGUGAACAGUCCUAAAUCUGUCGCAGUAGCUCCGGCAUCUUACUAUUCCGACAUAGAAAGGAAAAACGAAAGCAUGAACCUCUUGAGUGGAGAGCCUAUACAGGUGUGGGUUGAUUAUGAAGGCACAGUGCUCAACGUUUCCAUUGCUCCACUUAAAGUCAAGAAGCCAAGCCGGCCUCUUUUGUCACAUCCCAUUAGCCUUUCAGAGAUUUUUCCUAAUAUAUCGAAAUUGUAUGUUGGAUUCUCUGCAUCAACAGGGAACGCGGUGAGUGAUCAGUACAUUAUGUGGUGGAGUUUCAGUACAGACAGAGGAUCACUGCAGCGACUUGAUACCUCAAGACUUGUUGAACUUCCUUAUCUUACAGGUACAGAUAAGAAGCUUCUUGCGCUGUUUAUUAUUCUGUUUGGUUGUCUGGCUAUUGUGGUGUCAGCUAUUCUUGCAUGA